AUGGAGAUGCAACCCCCCCGAUCAAUCAAGGAUGUUCAGCGACUGACCGGUCGACUAGCAGCGCUUAGCCGUUUUUUAUCCAAGUCAGCCGAAAAGUCUCUACCGUUCUUUCAGAUUUUGAAAAAAUCGAAUGGCUUUGAGUGGACGCCGGCGUGUCAAUCGGCUUUCGAAGAUUUGAAGGUGUACUUGAGCUCCGCACCAGUCCUCUCGAAGCCAGAGAAAGAUAAGGUCUUGUUCGUUUAUUUGGCUGUGUCCGACCGAGCGGUCAGCUCCGUACUCGUCCGUGAAGAAAACAAGGGAAUCCAGAAGCCGAUCUACUACGUGAGCAAAGCUCUUCAAGGACCGGAGUUGAGGUACACAAAAUUUGAGAAGACAUCGUUGGCGCUCUGGGUAACAGCCAGAAGACUUGCAGCCUACUUCCAGGCUCACCCGAUAGUAGUGCUAACCGAUCAACCGUUGGGAACGAUCCUCAGGAAUCCAACAUCGUCAGGGCGACUAAUCAAAUGGGCUAUGAUGCUCACCCAGUUCGCGAUUGAGUAUAAGCCCCGUCCUGCCAUCAAGGGUCAAGCAUUGGUUGAUUUCAUCGUCGAGUGCACCGCACGCGACCCGGAACCCGACCGACCGACUGCGCUGGAAGAACCGUGGUGGGAAGUUUCUACUGAUGGGUCGUCAAGCAAAAAGGGAUGUGGGGGUGGAAUUGUGCUCACCUCCCCUGAGGGCUUCAAGAUUUAUCAAGCCUUGAUUUUCAAAUUCCAACCUACCAAUAACGAAGCAGAAUACGAGGCGCUCAUCGGCGGGUUGCGACUGGCUAAGCAGAUGAAGGCCGAACGGUUAAGGGCACGAUCAGACUCCCGGCUGAUAAUCGGACAGCUAUCCAGCACGAUCGAUGCAAAGGAGGACCGGAUGAUACAGUACAAGGAUAUUGCGCUCGAACUAUUACAACAAUUCAAAAAAUACGAGCUGAUCCAAAUACCAAGGAUGGAGAACACGGACGCUGACAUGCUCUCGAAGUUGACUCAAGAAGCUCCUGAAUACGUGUCCAAGAUCGCACGCAUUGAAGAAAUCAGAGCGCCAAGCAUUGACGUCAUAGAGGUCCGACCGGUCGAGAUAGGCGAGCCAGACUGGAUGUAUGACUUGAAGAAUUACAUCGCCAACGGCACUAUACCUGACGACGACUUGAAGAAUUACAUCGCCAACGGCACUAUACCUGACGACUCCUCCCGGGCAAAGAAAGUUAAGUUGAGGGUACCUGACGACUCCUCCCGGGCAAAGAAAGUUAAGUUGAGGGCACCGCGCUUCCCCUCCCGGGCAAAGAAAGUUAAGUUGAGGGCACCGCGCUUCCAAUUGGUGGCAAAGAAAGUUAAGUUGAGGGCACCGCGCUUCCAAUUGGUCGAUGAGAAAGUUAAGUUGAGGGCACCGCGCUUCCAAUUGGUCGAUGAUAGACUCUACAAAAGAUCAUAUGGUGGACCGCUUCUUCGGUGUUUAACCAGCGAUGAGGCGAAAAUUGUGAUGGAAGAAGUUCAUGAGGGGAUCUGUUCUGCCCAUCAAGGACCGAGAACACUCGCGCAAAAGAUCAUUCUGAUGGGUUAUUACUGGCCUUCGAUCAACUUGGAUUGCGAGCAGUAUGUUCGACGAUGCGCCACUUGCCAAGAGUUUCACAAGUUACCCGGUCGACCAGCCACCUACUAUCAACCCGUCAGCGAAGUAAUACCAUUUGCGAGGUGGGGAGUGGACCUGAUCGGAGCAUUCCCAAUGGCAGCUGGACGCAAAAAGUAUGUGAUCGUGGCGAUCGACUACUUCACCAAGUGGGUGGAAGCAAAGGCGCUGGCAACUAUCACUUCUCAACAGUGUCAAAAGUUCCUUUGGAAAAAUGUGAUUACUCGUUUCGGGGUACCUGUUCAAUUGAUCACAGACAACGGGACACAAUUUGACAGCCGGCCAUUUAAAAACUUCAUGGCUCAUUUGGGCAUAAGGCAUACCCGGGUGGCCGUAGCUUACCCGCAAGCAAAUGGUCAAGUGGAGAACACCAACCGGACGAUCUUGGAUGGGUUGAAAAAGAAAUUGCAAACUGCGGGUCGAGGCUGGGUUGAUGAGCUUUCGUAUGUUCUUUGGACGUACCGAACCACCCCGCGUCGGGCAACGAAUGAGACACCUUUCUCCCUGACGUAUGGAUUCGAGACGAAAAAAGGGACAUGGCAGCUCGGAGGUUGA